AUGAGGGAGUUCCCGGUCCUGAGACUCGCUGUAAGGCCUCUGAACUUUCAGCUCAGAUCGGAUCGUCUGGUGAAGCCAAACCUGUCGGAGAAAGAAAGAAAAGGCCAGCUGGGCGUGGACGUGACCCCGGGGAGGAUCCGCUGCAGUGGGCGGGGCGUCGUCCUGAGCCGCGCGCAGCAGCGAGUGUCCAGUCGCCAUGGAGACCGCGGGCUGUACCAAUACCUGAGCUCCGUCCGCGGCCUGGGGGGGUUCCAGGACCACUUCGACUGGUGGGCGUCCAACACCUUCUCAGUCCGGGGGGGGAAGCCCCUGUGGAUCGACCCCUUCGACCGGCGGGUCCAGCACAUCUUCAUAGACGACAACAUCCGGCAGAACGACGAGGACACCAUCGUCCAGCCCAAGGUCUUUUUGGAGCCGGACGGGUCCGAGACCCGAACGGCCUGCACCUCUGAGCUGUACGACGUGGCCCUGGUCCAGACCGACCUCCUGACGGCCAUUUCUGACCGCGGAUACUUCACCCGGCGCGUGCACAUCUGCCUGGAGAACUACCAGAGGAACCUGCAGCCGAAUGAGGACAGAGUGGGACUGUAG